GCGGAAGAUUUAUACGACUGAAUCGGAAUACUCGAUCUAGUAUAGUGAGAGGCGUGGACUGUGUUAGACGCUGUAUUACUAAAAACAAACUAGGUAUCAUGGCACCAAAGUUUUAUUCAGAUGACCUGAGUCCCCCAUGCAGGGCUGUGAUGAUGGCGUGCGAAGCUCUCAAAAUCCCUGUUGAAUACAUCGACACAAAACUACUCAAUAAGGAGCACAUGAGUGAAGAAUACCUGAAGAAAAACCCAAUGCACACAGUACCAAUGCUCGAAGAUGGUGACUUAGUGAUUCACGACAGUCACGUCAUACUUACUUACUUGACUGAGAAAUAUGGAAAGACUGAACCUUGGUACCCUAAGGACUUGAAACAAAGAGCACUUGUUGAUCAAAAACUUUAUUUCGAGGCGCUUCUGUUCACCAGAGUGAGGGCCAUCACUUACCCAGCAAUGUUCGAGGGAGUAAGGGUUCCGUCCCAAAAAGUAAUCAAGGCACUAGUUGAAAUGUUCGAGUUCCUGGAACAAUUUCUGUCCCGCACCAAAUUCGUCGCCGGCGACCACAUGACCAUUGCUGAUAUCUCACUCAUCGGAAUAUUGUCGACUGCCAACGAUAUUGUUCGAGUUGAUGGGAAGAAAUUCCCGAAAACUGUAGCCUGGAUGCAGGAGAUGCAGAAACAAUCAUUCUACCAGAGCAAGAAUAUGGAAGGAAAGGAAAAACUGAAGGCCAUACUGAAUAACUUCCUCGAUAUAAUUCACCGAAUUGAUAUUAGUACAUUAAAGUAUAAUAUCGACACUGGAAAGAGGCAGAGUGACAAGACUUACGGCAAAAGAGAGAGAAUGACACUAAAACUGUACAUUUUAGAAGGUAGCCCGGCGUCACGGUCUGUGUUGAUGCUGGCUGAUAUUCUCAAUAUUACGCUGGAUAUUAUUGACGUAGACUAUUUUGGAAAGCAGCAUUUGACGCCAGAGUUUCGUAAGAUAAAUCCACUUCAUACAAUACCUGUACUCGUAGAUGGAGAUUUAACUUUACAUGACAGUCACGUUAUCCUGACGUACCUAACGGAAAAAUAUGGCCGGGACCACUCUCUGUACCCGAAGGACGUAAAACAAAGAGCACUGAUCGAUCAGAAACUAUACUUCGAUACACUCAUUUUUAGGCGGAUGAGGAACGUCACGGCACCAGCUAUCGAGGAUGGUGUACGACGACCAACAGAAAAACUAUUAAUAGAACUACAAGAGACCUACAAUUUUACAGAAGAGUUCCUUUCAAAUACAAAAUACAUAGCUGGAGAAAGCUUGACUCUUGCAGAUUUGUCUGUUGGCGCAACAGUAUCUACCAUUGACAGACUCGUACCUUUAGACGCUAAAAAGUACCCAAAAACCCACGCUUGGUUUAAAACAUUGGAACAACAAUCUUUCUAUCAAAAAUGUAAUAAAAAGGGUUUGGAGCAAGUAGCCGCAGUACUUAAAAAUUAUUUAGAUUUAUAAUUAUAAAAUAUUUAAU